AAUGUCAAUAAACGUCAAAACGACUUGAGUGAGAAAACCGUGAAAACUCACAAGCAGUGAAAUUCAAUUUUUUUUUGCUAAAAUCCGAAGGUUGUUACUUUUGAGAUUAUUCGGGAUUGUAAUUUAAACCAUCGAAAACGUAAACAGAAAUGGAUAAGAAAAUGUUCCAUCCAUGUGAUGAAUCCGUUCAAGCCACAAAUGACGAUGCGAGUGAAUGUAAACGAAGUGCUAUUAAAUUAGGCUACUGGAAGGACGACUACAUUGGACAUUUCAUUAAAAGCACGGAACGAAAGGCCCCCGAAAUCAAUCGGGGUUAUUUUGCAAGGGUCAAAGGAGUGGAGAUUUUAAUUGAGAGAUUUUUACAGAAAACUGGUGAUAAAUGUCAAAUCAUAAAUCUGGGUUGUGGAUUCGACACGCUAUAUUGGCGCCUUCGGGACGCUGGUCACAUGAUAAACAAUUUUGUAGAGCUCGACUUUCCCACAGUCACUUCGAAAAAGUGCUAUUUUAUCAAACGAAACAAAAAUUUACUCAGCAAAAUUUACGUGGAAGACGAAGAUAUUCGCUUCAAUCCUACAGACUUACAUGCGCCCAACUAUCAUAUUAUGGGUGUUGACCUCAGAAACGUAGACGAAGUGGCUAACAAACUGAAACAAGCUGAAGUAGAUUUUACAGUUCCAACAAUAUUCAUCGCUGAAUGUGUCCUCGUCUACAUUGAGGCACAGAACUGCACAAAUUUGCUCAAAUGGUUUUCGUCCCAAUUCGAAACAGCUGUGUUCGUUAUCUACGAACAGGUAAAUAUGAACGACCGAUUUGGUGAUGUUAUGCUGAGUAAUCUUCGGUCACGAGGAUGUAGUUUGGCUGGCGUUGAAGCGUGCAUCACUUUGGACACACAAGUAAAAAGACUAAUAAACUGUGGCUUUAGUGGUGCUAAGGCCUACGACAUGGUUCAGGUGUACGAAAGUAUUCCGAUUACCGAACGGAAUCGUAUAGAAAGACUUGAAAUGUUGGAUGAAGGAGAGUUGUUGACGCAACUAUUUCAACAUUAUUGCAUUGCCAUUGGUUGGGUGGGUGACUUGUUCCAGGACAUUGAGAUACCGGUUGAGAAACAAAUGUCUUCUCUGAACAUCGACUAGUCAACCAUAGAUGCAUGGAGGAAAAAGUUACCGUGCAGAAACGUUAUAUUUAACGCAUAUUCGUACUAAAUAUUUAUGUGAUGUAUUGUAGGUGUUAUAAUCAUUCAUUGUUUUCAUUAUUAAGACGUUUUUUUGCAUCAAAUUUUCAUUUGAUCACUUAUCGAACAUGAAUCGAUUGAUAUUUUGUUAGCACUUUUUUUAGGAUUUUUUUGUACUUUGACUAACAUUGGAUUUCUUCAGUUCACAAUUUGCAUUUAUACUCUCUUUUGUAGUUAGGGUAUUAAAAUAGUUUUCCCAGUCAUCAAACUU